ACGCACCGCACGCAAACCCGCUUGCUCGCUCCCGGCGAACCUUUUUCCUCGCUCUCGCUGUCUCCUCCUACUGGUUCUGGUUCUGGCUCUGGUGCGCCUGCUGGCUGUCACACUGUGGGAGAGUCGCUGCCUCUGACGAGAAGAAAAUUAUUCACCUUCAUAUAUUGCUGGACGGUUGUAACAUACCCCAUCAUAACAAAGGAGCAGCGUUAUUAGACCUUCCUCACACAUCAACAAUGGCUACUGAAAACGUUACUCUUGGUCCACAAUCACAAGGCACCUCUGAGGUGUUCGGUGUUGCGCACAUCUACGCUUCUACCAACGACACCUUCGUCCAUGUUACCGAUUUAUCCGGUAAGGAAACUAUCGCCAGAGCAACUGGUGGUAUGAAGGUCAAGGCCGACAGAGACGAAUCCUCCCCAUACGCUGGUAUGUUGGCUGCCCAAGACGUUGCCGUCAAGUGUAAAGAAGUCGGUAUUACCGCUGUCCACAUCAAGUUAAGAGCUACCGGUGGUACCAGAUCAAAGACCCCAGGUCCAGGUGGUCAAUCCGCUUUGAGAGCUUUGGCUAGAUCCGGUUUGAAGAUCGGUAGAAUCGAAGAUGUCACCCCAAUCCCAUCUGACUCCACCAGAAAGAAGGGUGGUAGAAGAGGUAGAAGAUUAUGAUUGGUUUUAAAUUUAUUUGCCUAUACUUUUAAAAUCUUUUCUUCUCUGCUCAAUAUCAGCUUCAAUACAUUUUUU